AUGACCUCUCGCGAUGGGUUCCAAUGGACUCCGGAAGAGGGACUUGCACAGGGAGUUCCCUCAAUCGGAGUGAUUUCCCCUCCCACCAACAUUACGUCGGGGGCCAAGCCGUGGGAUGUUAUUGUUGUCGGUGCCGGAUACUCUGGGCUGACAGCGACGCGUGACUUGUGUGUAGCAGGCCUUCGAGUUCUUCUUGUCGAAGCACGCGACCGCAUCGGUGGGCGAUCAUGGUCUUCGAACAUUGGAGGCUACCCAUUUGAGAUGGGAGGAACAUGGGUUCACUGGGGACAACCACAUGUGUGGCGAGAGAUCUCUAGAUACCAAAUGCGCACCGACAUGGAACCAUCAUUCGACUUUUCUCGGGGAGUCAAUCAUUUCCAACUGCGUACGAACGAGGGCACGAGCAUCAUGAGCCAUGAAGACGAGGAUACUUUGCUGGCAAAUGCACUGCAAAAGUUUGUCAACGUCGACGGUAGCCUCGGUCGAAAAAUUAUACCUUACGCACACGAUGCCUUCCAUGUGCCCGAGGCACGUCAAUACGAUAGUAUGUCCGCGAAGGAUCGAUUGAAUGUCAUUGCACUGUCCCUCACUCCGAACGAACGUGCUGCACUCGAGAGUUUCGUGUUGCUCUGUAGUUGCGGGACCUUGGAGACCACCAGCUUCUUCGAGUUCCUUCACUGGUGGGCGCUGUGCGGUUAUACCUACCAAGGAUGUAUGGAUUCUCUGAUUUCCUACAAGUUCAAGGGAGGCCAGUCUUCAUUUGCCAUCCGAUUCUUUAAAGAGGCACUGUCCACAGGCAGACUUUCUUAUGUCUUCAACAGCCCAGUUGGAGCCAUUAAGGAUGAGGGGGAUAAAGUCACGCUCACUACUCGUGAUGGUUGCCAAUACACGAGCGCUCGUCUCGUUUCCACUAUUCCGUUGAAUGUUCUGAACUCCAUCUCUUUCAAUCCUCCUCUGGACCCGCAACGCAUGGCUGCUGCCAACAAGGGGCACGUCAAUCAAUGUGUCAAAGUUCAUGCCGAGAUCUCUAACAAAGACAUGCGUUCAUGGACGGGAAUUUCAUAUCCCUUCAACAAACUCAUGUAUGCAAUCGGUGACGGGACUACCCCAGCCGGAAACACUCACAUCGUCUGCUUUGGUGGAUUCAAUAACCACAUCCAACCCGAGGAGGACAUUCAGGAGACCAGGAAGGCUGUUGAGAAUAUGGCGCCCGGAAACAUGGACAUUAAGCGACUAGUCUUCCAUAACUGGAGCAAGGACGAGUUUGCAAAGGGUGCUUGGUUCUUCUCUCCACCCGGGCUGCUGUCAACCUCACUCGAUGCACUGCGUAGACGUCAUGGAAAUGUUGUUUUCGCAAACUCGGACUGGGCUGUUGGUUGGCGUAGCUUUAUUGAUGGGGCCAUUGAAGAGGGCACACGUGCAGCAAUGACUGUAAAGGAGGAACUGCAAGCUAGCCCUGCUCCUCGGGUUCGGUUAUAG